GGAGUUUUGCUUCGUCGCCUCGCAGCAGCCGCCGCCCGCGGAGCUCUCAGCGGCUGGCCUGCAGGAGGAAUGCUCGCCUGACCCCUUCGGGGAGCGACAGAGACCCACGCACGCACGCCGCAGCGGAUCUGGUGCUUGUCCAGCGGCUCUGGCCCGGGGAAGGGAGCGGAUCCCACCUGCCCCUGCCUCCUGCCGCACCAUGAGUGGCUCCUUUGAUAAGAAGAUCACCAGCAUCCUGACCGACCUCUCCAGCUCCCUGAGCUGCUCCAAGGAUUCCCCCACCUUGCCCGAGUCCUCGGUCACUGACCUGGGCUACUACAGCGCCCCCCACAGCCAGCACGACUAUUACCCCAGCCAGCCCUACAGCCAGCCCGUCAACCACUACUCCUACCACCACCAGUUCGGCCUCAACGGGCUCGCGGGGGCUGGGACUUACCCCACCAAGGCCGAGUACCCCUACAGCCCCUCCUACAGGCAGUAUGGGCAUUUCAGGGAGCAGCAGCUGCCGGUCCAGGAAGCAGUCUCGGUGAAGGAAGAACCAGAACCGGAGGUGAGGAUGGUCAACGGGAAACCCAAAAAGAUCCGAAAGCCCAGAACCAUUUACUCCAGCUACCAGCUGGCGGCUCUGCAGAGGAGGUUCCAAAAGGCUCAGUACCUGGCUCUGCCCGAGAGAGCCGAGCUGGCUGCUCAGUUGGGGCUGACUCAGACACAGGUGAAAAUCUGGUUCCAGAACCGGAGAUCCAAGUUCAAGAAGCUCUACAAAAACGGGGAAGUACCCUUGGAACACAGCCCCAAUAACAGCGACUCCAUGGCCUGCAAUUCUCCGCCUUCUCCUGCCCUCUGGGACAGUAACUCUCACAGCAACCCCUCCAGCAGGAACCAGCUCCCCCAGCAGCUCCCCUACAGCUCUUCCCCAAGCUACAUGGAGGAGCAGCACAACCCCUGGUACCAUCACCAGAACCUCAGUGGACCUCACUUACCGCAUCAAGCUUUGCCCACUAACACCAUGCAUCAUACACCCCCCGGGCCGCCUCCCAAUCCGGGGGCCGUGUACUAACCUCCAGCCUCCUUGGACCAGGGGAGCAAGAGAGGAAAUUGUCACCGUCGCGGCCAGACCCUUUUUAAAACGUGGGUUUGUUUCCAGGACAAAGGCAGACACACGCAAACAUCCCAGCCCGUCUCAGGACCCGCAGAGCUGCAAAGGGUUAAAACGAUCAGAGGACGAUCCACAAGCGAGGCAGGAGUGGU